AUGAUGCUAGACAGAUGGAUAGAACAUGAAGGCAAAGAGAUUGAAGUAUUUGAAGAUUUCAGAUUACUUACAUUAGAAAUCAUUUCAAGAACCUUCUUUGGAAGUAUCAAUCGCAAAGGACAAGACAUAUUUGAAAUGAUCGUUAAACUUUCUUCUAUCGCGUCUCGAAAUCUUUUCAAAGUUACCAUUCCAUGGCUGAGCAAAAUUUGGAAGAGCAAAGAUGAAGUUGAGUCAGAGAAACUCGAACAAGGGAUCAAUGAUGCAAUAAUAAGAAUUGUAAGGAAAAGAGUAGGAAAAAACUUGGUUAUAAGAAUGGAAGGUGAAAUUGAAAGUUUUGGGAAUGAUCUUCUUGGUUUGCUUGUGAAAACUCACAAAGAUGAAGAUGAAAAUUCGAGGAUUUCCCUUCAAGAUGUCAUCGACGAAUGUAAGACAUUCUACAUUGCAGGGCAUGAAACCAUGACCACAAUGAUGGGAUGGAUUGUUUUUCUCUUGUCACUUCAUCAAGAUUGGCAAGACAAGGCUAGAGAGGAAGUGUUCAAGUUAUUUGGGAAUCAAAAGCCAAAUGCAGAAGGCCUUACAAGAAUGAAAACAGUAAUUAACUGCCCCUAA